AUGGAUGACCCAUCCGUUGUCGACUUGACACUAUCGCAGCCGACGCCGAAGACAUCACAUCGACUGCCGACAGUAUCAGCGUCCCAAGCGUUACAGGACCUAACCGAUGGGCCUUCCAACUUCAUCAAGACAGGUAUAGCCUCCCUGGAUUCACGCCUAGCUGGUGCUAGUAUCACCGUUGAAGGCGGCUUCGAGCGUGGCAAGGUCACCGAAAUCUGGGGACCAAGUGGUGGCGGCAAGACGGCGAUAGCGCUACAGGCUGCUAUACACGGCAUCCAUGGCGGAAGUUCAGUACUUUGGCUUGAUGCUGCAGCCUCUCUGAGCAAAGACCGACUACGAGGCGUCGCUCGAGUCAAGGAGAUCAGCAGCCCGACACCAUCUAUUGGACGGGAUACCACCAAUCACUUCCAUCAUGUGGACGUUCCAACACUGUCUCACUUACUAGCCAUGAUCUUACAUCCUCGUGCGGACACGAUACCGCUAGGCGCAUCUCUACUCGCCAUUGAUGGUCUCAACCACCUUCUGGAUCUCGACUAUCCUCGGUACCAGAUAGCAGCUCCAAACAAGACCGAGCUGCAGAAAUGGCAGGCCGGCCGACGAUAUGCCAUCCUCGGCUUCCUGGUGUCGGGUCUGAACAAGCUCGCGGUACUCAACAACAUCGCUGUCGUUGUCACCACUGGCUGCGCAACUCGCAUGCGGCACGACAACGGUUUAGGCGCAGCGCUGGUCCCGGGCCUAGGCGGGGUGGAGUGGGAGAGCGGCAUCUCAAGCCGCAUUGUAGUCUUCAGAGACUUCGGUGUCAGGCUCGUCGGUGUUCAAAAAUGCCAAGGUCGCAGCUUGAUCUCCCGAGAAGAGGUUGGCGAGCCUGGCCACCUCGUUGCUUUCGAGAUCACGUCGGAAGGAGCAGUCACGGAGUGGAUGAUGCAGAAGGCUGAUGGGAGCCCGUUGAAGCAGGCGGUUAAAGCUAGGGCCAGCCCAGUGAAGCCACGAAAACGCACAGCCGACGAGAUUGCAGAUUCUGAGGGCGAAGACAUGGACGAGUACGGAUGGGCUGAUACGGACGACGAUGCGUUCACGGCCGAAGGACUGGUCGGGAAUGGCGAUGCUAGUGCGGUCCCUGCGGAACCUGGUUGA